AUGCUGCGUUUUGUGAUCUUGGGAAUCAUCAUAUUCGGUCUCUCUGGUGCUUUUGGUGCAAAUAUACUGGUUCUCGAGGGACUUCCUUCGCCUAGUCAUCACCUUUUCUUCCGCACCGUCAAUGAGGCUCUUGUGGCGCAAGGUCACAAUGUGACUUCAAUGAGUGCUGAUAUUGACACCAAUCCAGUGGCGAACUUGACGCACUUGCAUAACGAUAAAGUGUACGAAGAAUUCUACAAGACUGACGGCGAUGAGCAGUUUAACAUGAUGAACUUCGGCCAGAAUGGAAAUAUUAACACUCUGAUUGACAAGGUGGAGAUGUUCGUGGCCACUUUGGCAGGUGUCAGGAAGUCUAAGGGUUAUCAUCAGUUGCUGGCCUAUCCCGAUGACUUUCACUUCGAUCUGGUCAUUUAUGACUACAUGGCGUUGCCUGUUUUGCUAGGAUUUCAGCACAAGUUCAAGAAUCCUCCCUUAAUUAUCAUGUCGGCCUUCAGUGGAAUCGCCCCCACGCUCAAUUUCGUCGGAUCAUCCCUGUAUCCGGCCUACAUUCCCUUCUACUUCGGCACAAGCGCAACAGAGACCUUCUUCGGGAGAGUGGAAAACACCUUCGUGUACUAUUUCGAUUACUUCUAUCGCCAAUACUAUGCACUGCCGAAGAUCCACGCAAUUGCGAAGCAGGACUUCCCAGACCUACCUCCCUUUGCUGACCUAGAACGUCAGACCCGCCUAGCUAUGAUCAACUACAGCCCAGCCGUGUACCAGCCAGAGCCUGUGCUGCCCAAUGUCAUCCCAAUCGCAGGAAUGCAUCUGCAGAAGACCUCAACUCUGCCGAAGGACCUCCAGGACAUCCUCGAUCAUGCUCAGAAUGGCUUGAUCCUGUUCAGCAUGGGUACGAAUGUGAAAAGUUGGAUGCUAGGCGAGGAAAGGAUACAGAAAUUCAUUGAGGCCUUCAGGAAAUUGCCUCAAUACACAUUUUUAUGGAAAUUCGAUGACGAUCAAUUGUCAAAUGUGCCCAAGAAUGUGAUAAUUAGAAAGUGGAUUCCGCAGAACGAUGUCUUGACUCAUCCCAACACCAAACUGUUCAUGAGCCACUGCGGACUCCUCAGUUCUCUCGAAUCUACCUGGCACGGUGUGCCUAUCCUUGCAGUUCCUGUCUUCCUCGAUCAGUUCACGGUAUCACGAUGGAGCUUAUCUGCCAAAUAUCUACGACUGCAACAGCUUCUAUGUUUGCAAGAACAACGUGCCAAUGCUGCAACGGUGCGAUGCAAAAUUGGUCUUCGAUCCCUCGAUCAGCACAUGCAACUGGCCGGACCAGGUCAAUUGUAUCCCUGAACCCCUGCCCGAUGUGGACCCCUUCCUUCCGGACUGCAACGGCCGAGAGUGGGAGUAUAUCGCUCACCCAGCAAACUGCGGAGCCUACUACAGAUGCGAGCACAACCGAGCUGUUCUCUAUCAUUGCGACGAAGGUCUCC